AUGUCAACCACGCGCGCGCGUCUCUUCGAGCGCGCCGCAUCCGCCCUCUCCACGCGCAGAUCGACGCACGUAAAUGUCACGCGCGACGUCAUCCACGUGAUACCCACUCGCGCGUACGCGAGACCGACGUUGAAGGGUGUGAACCCGACGCCCAGCGCCGCCUCGGGCGCGCGAUCGGGCAUUCGCUUGAACCGCACGUCGAGCAACGUCAUCGCCGAGCCGUACGCCGGACCUUUGAGACGUCCGACGAUCGUCCAGGCGCUGACCACGAGCUUGGGAUGGCGGUACGUCGUCGACAGCGCGUUGGGAAAGGCGAAGGACGCGUACGCGCUGAGCAAGUGCACGAAGGAGAUAAAAGGAUUCACGCUCGACGGGUUCAAAGCCGAGGCGAAGCAAUUGUACAGGAUGAUCAACGCCACGAGCGCGUCGACGAGCGGGACGCGGGCGCUGAGUCACGAGACGCGACACGCGACGACGGAUAAGAUGCAGAGCGACCUGAAGCGGGAGCGCAAGGCGAGAGAGCUCGGGGGGUGGGGGGCGAUCGAUUGGUCGUUGGAGGACAUCGAGGAGUGUCAGGUGGUUCGAGGGCGUUUAAUCAUGGCGAAUCCAAACGACACCAGCGGGGCUGGGUUCGUGCAGCUCACGACGCGGUUUCGGUCGAGGCAGCGGUUCGCGGCGUACGACGGGAAAGGCAGGCUCGUCUCAGGCGAUCCCGACGAGGUGUUGGACGUGGAGGAUUUUUGGGUGUUCGAGCACGGGUUGAAGAUUCCAAACUCGCGCUGGAGGCUGGCUGGCCGGCUCCACGUCCCAAACUCGUCUUCGGGGUCCGCGGCGCAGGCGACGCAGAGUGAAAAGUGA